GUGAGCGUUAGCUGGUCUUUCGAGCCGCUCGUUAAGGUCGCCGUCUAUUCAGCAAACUCUGCGAUAGUUUGGACCCGGCUAGGUUCUCCACAGUGUUUCUAACCGGACUAAUUCGAAGGGUGAGGAUAUUUUGGUGUUUCCGUGUAGUAAUUUCUCUGUGAAAGUGCUUUAUAGUGUUGGAAUUGGAGUUUUUGGACGUACUGCAAAUUAGAAGAUCAGGCAGUUUGGGAUCGGCAAGGGCAGUCCUGGACAUCGAGCAAUCACCCAUCGAGUGUGGCAGCGGCGAAAUGGCAAGUUCUGACGUGGAGAACCUGGAGGAGGCCCGCAAGUUAGUUAGGGACCUUCGACAGAAGACUAGGGCACAGGCACAGCAGAUAAUGGCUUGGAGACGAGCAUACAAGAUGCAAGAACUCCUGAUAUCUCGCCUGCAAAGAGAAAAAUGCGACCAGCUCAAGGCCCUCAGUUCCAAGUUACUGUUAUUUGAAUCAAGACUGAUCAGAAAGCAAAAGGACAUAUCGGCCAUGUUGAACAUUAGAGAGAAUAUUAUCCACAGACAGCAAAGGAUCAUCGAAACUCUAUCCAACCGACUCAUUGACAACGGCCUAGAAGUUCCACAAGCGGAGCUAACCGAACUAGAAAGCAAUUUACCAGAUUUAGAUUCACUGAAUGACUCGGACAGUGCUGUGGUGAUGGAAGACAUUGAUUCAGAUAGCAACAUUUAUCACAUUCCUAAAUUUCGUUCAACGAAUUCCGAUGGAGUGACCGUUGUACGGUCCAUAUCCGAUGCAAUUGACCCAAAUUUGAAGUAUACCUUGACACGCAGGAACAAUGGUUUUCUGCGUCGGCCGGAGAUCUUGGAGACUGUCUACAGUGUAGAGGAAGACGCUGAUAAUGACCAAGAAAAUAAAAGCGAAGCCAACAAGAAACGAGAGAAUUUCGCGACCCGAGGAAAAUCGAACUGUAACAUUGAAGCUAGCGAUGAGAGUCUAAUAGUGAGAGAGAAAUCUCUGGAAGAGAAGAUCUGCGGAGUACCCAGCUGGCCAUAUAGUAAUAGUGAUAAAAAUACCAAUAACAAUGAUGACUGCAAUGAAGAAAAUCCCAAAAGUCAGGUUAAGACUUACAAUAGAGUUAUGUCGAAUCAUAGAUCAGUAACAAAACCCAAAGACGUGAAAUACAAGAGGAUAAACAAAGCAAAAUCGAAAAGUUUGGAAGAGUUGCGGGGGAGGUUAAAAAACUGGGUGGAGCAAGGGAGUAAAAUAACCGGGCUGACGCUUGAACACAGUCAGAGCUAUGCCUAAUAUUUAAGGCGCUAUUUUUUCUGGAUUUUAGUUUUCUCUUUUGUUGUUGUUUUAGUUGUAAUUGUGUUGUAUUUGCUAAUUGAGUAAUUUUUGGUGAUCAUUGCAUUAAUUCAAUUUUUCUUUUAGAUAAUUAGAGUUCACAUUUCUUGAAAUAACCAAACAUGUAAUCCUAACUAAAUUUUGUCAAAUUAUAUAGAAGUUAAAAGCCAUUCUAUUUAAAAGUUACAAUUACGACUUAGAUAACAUACUCAGAGUUCAAGCAACGUAUCCAAAAAAUUCAUAUUUUUACAGACAAAAGGGUUGAGUGAAUGAUGAAAACAUCAAUUCUUUUGCCAACUUACUCAUUGGCAAGUUGCAUCAGUAACACUCGUGUAAAUGUGAUUUAAUUAAAAUAAAGAUAAGGAAGCAUAUGAAAAAUAUAUAUAAUCACAACAUAGCGCGAAAAUUUUGCAACUAAAAUAGUCACUAUCCUUUUCUCUCUUUGGCAGCAUUAAAAAUUCGAUAUUAAGUCAAAGUGCUUGGACGCAUCUCUUGCCAAAUAAUCACAAAUGAAAAUAUUUAGUAGAAAUUGUGAUGGGGUCCGCGACCCGCAUAACAAAAUUGUUACCAAAUAUGAAGACAAUCUGAGAAGUGUUAAUUAUGUAUGUACCUAGAGUUUCCAUCAAUCUCGAAUUGAUGUAAAAUUAUAUUUUGUAAAUAAUUUUAAUUUUGUACAUAAGAUUUUAGUUCCUUUACGAGUGAGAUCUCUGUUUUCGCGAAAAGUGCUUUUUGCUGUACAUAAAACUAGCUUUUCUACCUUCUAUAAACAAUAAUAAACAUAUCUACGAAGAGAAUCACGUAGUACCUACUAUUUUAUUAAGAUUCCUCUUUCGGAAGUUGUUGGGAUGUGUCGUUGACUGAAAAAACUUGACGGGACAAGCAACUCUACCACAUCUAAUUUUUACGGAUAUUAGGAGACAAAAGCUUCACUUCGUCAAGUUCACGAUUAACGGAUGUACAUAAUAAGGAGCACCGCUUAUUAUUUUAGAGCUUUGGUAUUCUCAUAUUCUGUACUGUGAAUUGUUUUUUAAACCGAGUCCAAUUUUAGUUAAGGGACAGCCGAAAGUCUGAUAUUGUACUUACUUUAAAAAAUGAUUUAUAAGAUAUUUCUUUUGCGAAAGUGUAAUUUUAUGUAAUAAUAAAGACAAUCAUUAAACAGUGGAGUUUUAUUGUAUAAAGUAACCUUUUAGCUAGUUGAUAAAGUC